AUGUCAGAAAAUGGUGCUCAACAAACUCUUGUACGAAUGACAAGAGAAAAGCGUGAUAGGGACGAGCUUUUGCACUGGGACAUAAGGGCUGAGAGGCGUAGGAUACAGAAUCGUGUCAACCAGCGUGCUUAUCGCAAGAGGAAGGCUCAAAACAAUCAUGGCCCUACUCCUCCUAAGCGCUGGAAGGUCAUCGGCACCCUUGGGGGUGGCGACGAACAGGAAUUCAGAAGUGAGAGCGAUACAGCACCGGAUGUUCAUAAACCGGCUCAAUCGUUUUACCUCUUCAAUAAUUCCUCUCAAACUAAGGAACAUGAAGGGGAAAUUCAUUGCCGCCUGGCGCCUCCCUGCGAGAGAAGGCGCGCCUACCAAUUUGCAUUGACUGUGCGUCGUGACUAUGUGCAAGGUACCCCACAAGUUGACCACUUACUCACGUUGGUCAAACUUAACGUAUACAAUGCAUUCGCUGAAAACAUGAAUGCGCUUGGUAUGGAUGUCAAGGGAUGGAUGCACCCUGAUGCAGUGUCUCCAUUUUGCACGUUUGAGCCAAAGGCUUUCAACCGACCUGUUCCAAACUACCUACAGCCCACUGCCAUACAGCGUGCUGUGCCACAUCACCCUUGGUUAGACUUCUUCCCUCAUCCUAGAAUGCGCGAUCGAUUGAUCUUUGCUGGCAAUAAUUAUGAUGAUGAACGGCUUUACAUUGAUGUCAUGGGCUUCUGGAAUCCUGAUGAGAACGACCCAGCAUUGCUAGUCUGGGGUCCGCCUUGGGAUAUAGCAAACUGGGAGAUGUCGGAAGCCUUUGUCAGAAAGUGGGGUUGGGCGGUCCAAGACUGCCCCGAGUUGUUCAGAUCCACCAAUAGGUGGCGUGCCCAGCGAGGUGAAAAAUUGCUCCUAUUUCGGUGA